AAAAUAUGAAAAGGACAACGAGAUAUUUAAUGUUGAAAUGAACAAUAGGACCCCUCCACCCCUUCUUGCUCUUCAUCAUCUUCCUUGUAUUUUUUUUUUUCUAUUAAGCUUUGGUGGAAGGAGACGUUUCCUCGUUUUUCUGCUGGUGCCUGCAUCAAUUGAUUUGAAAAGGGGGGAGAGGGUCAAAUCAAGAAGAAGUUCCUCUUUGUUUUGAUCUCUACGCAGGAGAGGAGUUGCAGAGAUUUGAGUCUGACAGGGGGUUAUCCCCUUAUAUAGAAAGAUGAAUCCUAUAGGCCAAAUUCAUCUUUCCUUUGAGGAGCGGAGACGAUCAUGAAGCACGUGCACACUCAGAUAUUCGUCACACCAGGAUUUGCCUGAAAAGUAGACCUUCACAGAAGACUCCAUAAGUGACGCGUAAAGCUCCUAUAUACCCAUUUCUCAAGGUCGUCUUUCAUGGGUUGACUCACUCUCCGACAUAUUCACAAGUAACUUCAGAAACAUAAUAUAUUUUCCCCAAGAAAAUCGAUGGCGACGUACUUUCAUGGCAAUCCAGAAAUCCAAGCAGCCGACGGGUUACAAACUCUCGUGCUCAUGAACCCAGCUGGCUACGUCCAAUACUCCGAAGCGCCACCACAGGCACAAUCCACCGCCAACAACUUCGUCUUUCUAAAUUCUGUCGCUGCGGCUGCAGCUGCCAACUCCUUAAACCUCCCUCAGGCGCAGCAGCAACCCCACACCCAGCAGUUCGUCGGCAUCCCGCUUCCCACUAUGGCUUCCGCCGCGUCUCAGGAUCCUGAUUCUCAAUCCAUGAACGCCCACCACGAGAUAUCCGCCUUGCAUGGCUUCAUCCCUCGUGUUCAGUAUAAUUUAUGGAACUCCCUUGACCCCAACGCAGCGGCGCGUGAGACUCCACGCGCACAGCAGGGGCUGUCCUUGAGCCUCUCUUCACAGCAACCUGGGUACGGGUCGUUCCGGGCCGACCGUGAAGUUCCAUCACAGGCUCAAGCUCCGGCUAUAUCGGGAGAAGAUAUGCGAAUUUCGGGCGGGUCAUCUUCUUCGGCUUCGGGGGUGACUAAUGGGGUUUCGGGCAUGCGUCUGCUGAGCUCUAAGUACUUGAAGGCUGCUCAAGAACUUCUAGACGAGGUUGUGAAUGUCGGUAACGGAAUGAAGAGUGAGAUAUUAAGGAAAGCUAAUGGGCGAGCUAAGGUGAUGGGAGAAUCAUCGGCUGCCGAGAGCGGUGACGGCUCUGUCGGCGGUGAAGCAAGCGGAAAGCGUGCUGCUGAGCUAUCGACGGCCGAGAGGCAGGAAAUUCAGAUGAAGAAGGCAAAGCUGCUGAAUAUGCUUGAUGAGGUGGAUCAAAGGUACAGACAAUACCACAACCAGAUGCAGAUUGUGAUUUCCACGUUCGAACAAGCGGCCGGAAUAGGGUCAGCAAGAACAUACACAGCCCUUGCAUUACAAACAAUCUCAAAGCAGUUCCGGUGUUUGAAGGAUUCAAUAACGGGCCAAAUUCGAGCUGCGAACAAGAGCCUAGGCGAAGAAGAUAGCCCAGGCGGCAAGAUUGAAGGUUCAAGACUCAAGUACGUUGACCAUCAGCUGCGACAACAACGAGCUCUUCAACAGUUGGGAAUGAUCCAGCACAAUGCUUGGAGACCGCAGAGAGGAUUGCCUGAAAGAUCAGUUUCUGUUCUUCGUGCUUGGCUUUUCGACCACUUUCUCCACCCAUAUCCGAAGGAUUCAGACAAGCACUUGCUUGCUAAGCAGACAGGGCUUACUAGGGGCCAGGUGUCUAAUUGGUUCAUCAAUGCUCGAGUUCGGCUUUGGAAGCCAAUGGUGGAAGAGAUGUAUUUGGAGGAACUCAAGGACCAAGAGCAGAAUGGAUCAGAGGAAAAAAUCAGCAAGAGCAAUGAAGACUCGGCAUCAAAGUCCAGUGCUCCGCAGGAGAAAAGUCCUGCUACUGAAAAUCGCACCAAAAGUUUCAAUUCGAAACGAGAGAAUUCUACAAACCAGAACGCUGCUCCUGCUUUUUCAGUCUCCAAAGCUUCAACAUCUCCGGUUGGAGGAAAUGUUAGGAACCAAUCUGGAUUCACUCUCAUUGGGCCCUCAGAAUGGGAAGGGAUUACACAAGGAAGUCCGAAGAAACAGAGGAGCAAUGAGAUGCUGCAUUCUCCAAGCAGUGUUCCAUCAAUAAACGUGGAUGUCAAGCCUAAUGAGGCAAACAACGAGCAAGUUUCUAUGAAAUUCAGUGAUGAGAGGCAGAGCAGAGAUGGCUACUCAUUCAUGGGAGGCCAAACGAACUUCAUUGGAGGUUUUGGGCAAUACCCAAUAGGUGAAAUUGGAAGGUAUGAUACUGAACAGUUUGCACCAAGGUUUUCAGGCAAUGGUGUUUCUCUCACACUCGGUCUCCCUCACUGUGAAAACCUUUCCUUGUCCGCCACCCACCAUUCAUUUCUCCCUAACCAGAACAUUCAAUUGGGAAGAAGGGUAGUCAGCGAACCAAACGACUUUGGUGCCAUAGACAACUCCAACCCUCACUCUUCAGCUGCAUAUGAAAGCAUCAACAUUCAGAACCCAAAGAGGUUUGCUGCGCAAUUGUUGCCCGACUUUGUGGCCUGAAUAAGCGCAUAUAUGAGACAGUUAGUGUCAUGGGUUUUCAGGGUUAUCUUUCACAAUUCCUUCCUAUUCAUAGUAGGGGACAAGGAAAUGCAUGGUAGUGUAAAGAGGAAGAAAAUUUACUUUAGUAUAGGUUUAUACAUGGAAUAUAGAACCAUUUGAGUUCUUAGACAGCUUAGGAUUUGAGAGCAUAUGGUUGAGGAUUGUAUAUUAUUUUUAUAAGUUUUGAAUAUGGAUAGUGGAUUGGUGUCAUAAAAAUUAGUUAUCUGGGUAUACAAUAAUAUUAAUGAUUGUUAGUA